UAAAAGGAAGUACAAAGAUCUUUGGGGCGUAGCAGGCUGGAUUGGCGUGUUGGUGUCUGUGUUUGAUUGACAGCAGCUAGCAGGCUGAGCACCAGCAGGAGAAUGAGAGACAAAGUAAACAAACUUGCGUUGUUUACUUUGUGCUAACUGGACCGAAGUGGCAUUUGCAGGAACCUGGGUGUUGUUUAGAGUCACACUGUGAGGAUGAGACUCCUGGAGUGCUGCGGGCAAUCACUGGUGCUGCUGCUGGUCAUUAAGGGGGCUGCGACGUUGCAGUGAGGACCAGGACAAGCAAUAGGAGGAGGUGGUGGAGGAGGAUGGCGGUGGCUCUGGAUGAAGUGUGGGGGCGGGUAAAGAAUGUCUGCAAGCAGAAUGGACUGCUCAUCCUGUCUGUGCUGGCCGUGGUCAUUGGCUGCCUGCUGGGCUUCUUCCUCAGAGGCAAGCAGCUAUCCGAGCAGGAGGUGAAGUACUUCCAGUUUCCCGGAGAACUGCUAAUGAGGAUGUUGAAAAUGUUAAUCUUGCCCCUCGUCGUAUCCAGUUUGAUGUCAGGUCUAGCUGCCCUUGACGCCAAGUGCUCCAGCCGCCUGGGCAUCAUGACCAUCUCCUACUACCUCUGGACCACCUUUGUUGCUGUGGUAGUGGGCAUCGUCAUGGUAUACAUCAUCCACCCGGGUGGAGCUGCUCAGAAGGAGGACUCUGAGGACAGCAAGAAGCCAAUGACCAGCUCUGCUGACGCUCUGCUGGACCUCAUUCGCAACAUGUUUCCAGCAAACCUGGUUCAAGCUACUUUUCAACAGUAUCGAACCCAGAGAGUCCCCGAGCUCAUCCCCAAACCAACGGUGGCUCAGCUCCUGGAUGAGACAACCACGCGCAGGGUUUACAUUUACGGCAUCCAGGAUGACAACGGCACAGACGUCCAGAACUUCUCCCUGGAUCUCACGCCGCCACCUGACGUCAUCAUGAAAACGUCACCUGGUACCAGCGAAGGCAUGAAUGUGCUGGGGAUCGUUAUUUUUUCCGCUACCAUGGGAAUAAUGUUGGGCAGAAUGGGACCCAAUGGGAGUGCUUUGGUCAACUUCUGCCAGAGUUUGAAUGAAGCAGUUUUGAAGAUUGUUGCCAUUGUCAUCUGGUAUUUCCCCUUUGGGAUCGUGUUUCUGGUUGCCGGUAAGAUCUUGGAGAUGGAUGAUCCUUCGGCCAUGGGGAAGAAGCUGGGUUUUUACGCCAUUACAGUGGUAAUGGGCUUGGUGCUGCACGGUCUAUUCAUCCUCCCGGCCAUGUACUUCUUCAUCACUAAGAAGAGCCCCAUUGUUUACAUCAGAGGCAUUUUGCAGGCUCUGCUCAUUUCCUUGGCCACCUCCUCCAGCUCUGCCACUCUGCCUAUCACCUUCAAGUGCCUCCUUGAGAACAACCACAUCGACAGACGCAUCAUCCGCUUCGUGCUGCCUGUCGGGGCCACCAUCAAUAUGGACGGCACCGCACUCUAUGAGGCCGUGGCAGCCAUCUUCAUAGCCCAAGUCAAUAAUUAUGAGCUUGACUUUGGACAGAUCAUCACAAUCAGCAUCACUGCCACUGCAGCCAGUAUCGGUGCAGCUGGAAUCCCACAGGCUGGACUCGUAACCAUGGUGAUCGUCCUGACCUCUGUGGGUCUGCCCACCGAUGACAUUACUCUCAUCAUUGCUGUUGAUUGGGCUUUGGAUCGAUUCCGGACCAUGGUCAAUGUGAUGGGUGACGCCCUGGCCACAGGCAUUAUGGCUCAUAUCUGCAGAAAAGAUUUUGUUAAAGAAGGGGAGCAGGUGCCUCUGAUCUGUGAAACUAAGCCCAUGAUAAGCAUCCAGCAGAUGAUGACUUACCAGAACCAGAAGAACGGCUGCUACCAGCCGCCUCCACCAGGCAGCAAGCAGGACCACCUCUCCCCAGACGUGGCUCGCCUGAUCCAGCUGGAGGAGGGGAUCCGGCCGAUAGAGAAGAAGAAACACCCUCACUCCUCUCACCACAAGAGAGAGCACAGGGACAAGGACCACUGUUCCGUUGACAUGAACGGGCUGGAGACUAAUGUAUAAAAGCAGCUGCCCUGCCAACAGCUACUGGCUCGUCCACAGCUGCAGGGCCAGCACGAGAGGAAGAGAAAUUAAAGAUUGAGAUUGAAGUUCACACACUUUUCCCCUCCGAGAAGGAGAGCGGCAGAGAGUGGAUGAAUGCAGAAUGACCCUGGGGGGAAAAAGCUGAUUUUUUCCCUACAUAACCUAAAUAAUGACCCAUAUUUGAUUGUGUAUGUUUGUGUGUGUACAUAUUUAUCAGAGAUGUAUUAUUUGGUACCAGCAGUGACAGUGUGCUGCUCUAGCUGACAGACAUUUUAAACCGGAGUUUCACUAACAUCCUUCCAGAUCUGUGAGUCAGCCUAUCUAAAAGAAGCGGAAAGGGAAAUGGAGAACAGAAAAAAAAACAGAAAACAUCCACUCAUGUCUUUUUUUAUUCAUUAUGAUCUGGUUUGGUAUAUUUUUAGUAUUAUAUUGGUUGGGGUUUUUGUAUAUUUCUUCUUUUUUUUGUCAUCCUGUUCUCUAUAAUGAAACUCAGGCAAAAUGUUGCCUGUUUGGAGCAGUUUUCCAGUAUGUUCACUGACUCAAUAACGUGCGCAACACAGAGACAAAGUGGGACAAAACAAGAUAAUUGAGCAAGAAACCUUCAUUUUAACAACCUUCAUUUACACACGUUGCAACAGUUUGGUUCACAUUCAGGAAAGAAAUGUCUCAGAUUUAAGGGGUAAAAAAAGAAGAAGAAGAAGAAGAAGAAGGUAUUAUUUACCAUUUCCCAAAUUUUCUCAGCAACAUCUUUCCCAACACUUCUCUGCUUUGUUGUCCUGGGUCAAAGUGGGUACUCUGCCUCUACCUGUACAGUCAUUGCCAGAAUCACGGCAAAAGAUGAUGAAAGUCCCAAUGAAAACGAAGACGAGUGUUUGCCCUUGUGUUGAAGUCAUGUUAAGUUGUCUUUGCACCCCAUUGUAUUCCCUCUUUGCCUUAAACGACCAAAGGAGAAGCAUACGGGACCAGUGCGUUACUCACGUACACCGAAACAGCAAGACAACACAAGUCGACAAUCACAGGUCAUACUCUGAACUCUGUCCAUAUAUAUGUAUGUGAUAUAUGCUGUACAUGUAUGUAUUUCAAAAGUUUAAAAAAUGUAGAUUUUACUACCAUGUCAGUUUGUUUCAAGAGCUGCCAUUGUGUAUUUGUUAAAAGAAACAUUUCACUGUAGUCCAAAAUUUAUAAAAAUGUACCAACUCUGUAAAAAAAGAAAACAUCAAGAAAUGGAAAAAUAUAUCAAAAAUGUACAAAUAGUAUACUAACUGUUGGAGUUCUUUUUUAAUGGUUUUGGAAAAUGAGGUUUACAAGAAGUUACAAGAACUGCAGGUGCAAUAAAGGUUCAAGUAUCCGACAUUUCAAGGACUGAAAACCGCUAAAGUGCAAGUAUUCAACGCUUUAUUUAGAAAUCUGACAAGCUGCAUCUUCUCUCUUGAAGGCAUACAGUACAGAAAAAGCAGCUGUUUACUUAUUAACAAAUAUGCAAAUGUCCUAUUUCAAACAUGAAUAAAUCUCAGUGUAAACUAAAGCCAGCUGAGCUGUCAAAUGAAUAAAGAGAAGCCAUUUAAAAGA